AUGACGAGGACGACGACGAAGAAGAACAAGAGGACCAAUGCGCUUUUUUAUGCAUCGUGGGAGGGAAGUUUGGAGAACGUGGUAACGAAUCAAGGCGUGGUGACGAGACGCGCGACGUUGGGGAAACGUCUCACGUUUCUCGACGUCGUCUGCGUCGCCGAACACGAUCAGCAGCAGCGGCAGCAAUAUUAUUACUUGAAAGUCACAGAACCGAACGUGACGAAGCGCAUCAGGGUGGGAGCAACUGUUCGUUUUCGAGGAAAAGAAUACGACCACGACGCGAGCGGGAGAAGAGGCGAAAGGACGAAAGGGGUGUACGUAGAAACGGAAGAUGUGCCGGAGUUAUUGGAUAUGGCGCCGGCGUCGAUGGUCGUGAACGCGAGAAAGUUUUUGGCGGAUUUGGAUGGUAAGAACACUUCCUCUUCGUCUUUAUCUGGCGCUUCGUCAUCUUCGACUCCUCCCAAUGGGACUGCGGCGGCGUUGAUAUCGCCGUCGGUCUGUCGCACGUUUAUACUGGGCGCCGAGUGCAACGACCCGUUAUGUACGAAAAGACACUACGCGAACGACGAUUUGCUCGAAGCGAUGCAGCAAAGUAGAGUGAACGCUUCGAAGAGAGGAAAAAGCUAUGCCGCGCAGACGGCGUACGUGGAAGGAGAACAAGAGGCCCACGCGAAGAAUAAAAAGAAUAAAGCCGAAGCAGAGCGUCUCUUCGCGACGUUUUUAUGCGAAACGUUUCCGGAAGCUGAAACUUUCGUAGAUGUCGCUGGAGGUUCAGGAACGUUAUCCUAUGAACUCAACGUGGAAAAAUGGAAGAAUGUCAUUCUCUGGGAACCGAGGUGUGUCGCGUUGACGAAGAUUCAAGCCAAGAUUAAGAACGCUCGUCGAAGAGCAUUACAAAGCGUCGAUAGCAGAAAUAGCAGUAGCAGCAGCAGCAGCGAUAGCGAUAGAGAUAGCGAUAGCGAUAAUAAACAUAGCUAUGAUGAUAAUAACGCGUCAUCUGUUCAGAAGUGGUUGCGAUUAGAAAACUGGAUGCUCGUCGCCAACGAGGAAGAAGAGGAAAGAUUGAAACAACACGAGAAGCGCGUUUUGGCGUACACGAAUCUCGGCGACGGCAAAGUUGAUACUCCUGAUUAUCAGUCGUAUUACGAGACAAAAUACGAUAAGAAUCAAGAAUUAGAAACAUUUCCGAAGCGAGCGGUAAAAAUUCCUCCAAUUUUAAGAGACGCGAAAGAAGAAGAAGAAUAUGCGCUCUCCACGUUUGAGCACGUGCGAGAAGAAUUUUGGGGCGUCAACGAAAGAACUCGACAUAAGCUGGAGUCUGCGGAUGUCCUGGUUGGUUUACAUUCUGACCAAGCCACCGAAAGCAUCGUCGACGCCGCUCUCGAACUGAACAAAUCCUUCGCCGUGGUCCCUUGCUGCGUCUUCCCGACCAUGUUUCCAGAGAGAUUCACCGAAGACGGCGGGACGGUCACGACGCAAAAGGAGUUUGUCGAUUACUUACUCCGCAAAGAUAAGGAUAUCAAAGUUACGUUUUUACCUUUCAAAGGCCGAAAUGCCGUCGUGUAUAAGAUCUAA